AGGUUAAUGGAUAGAGUAACCAGUGUCAGUACCCUGUAAAGUUGCUUAGAAGGAACGUUUCAGCUAUGGGUAUGGUAAAAGGACUCAGGGCAAUUAUUAACUUGAGGAUAACCUAUGAAAGAAGUUCACAGCAUGUUCAGGAAUUCAAGCAAAAGUUCCAGUGAACAUUCAAAUAACUAAAAAUGACCAAAAUCUCUUUUGACACUGAUAUGAAAUAUAUGAAUUAGCUCCUGACAAGAAACUAUAGCACUUGGAUGUUUCCAAUGAUGCGCUCUUAAAAUCUUAUUGCCUGCCAGAAAACACCUCUAUUAAAGAAUAUAACAAUUGAAGGAACAUGUCUAACAAUGCAGAAAUACUCAAUCUAUCGUUUUUAUUAGAGCAUGAAAGAGAAACAAUCUUGGGAGUAUUAAAAAGAGAUGAAUACUUGAAAAAAUUGGAAGAUAAACGAAUCAGAAAACUAAAGAAUGAGUUAUUGGAAGUGAAACGUAAAGGUGGACGGCAUCACCAACAAGAUAACAUCAGGGUCUGCACUCGCUGUCAGAAAAAUUUGGGCUUAAUUUUUGACAGAGGUGACCACUGCCAAAUAUGUGGCCUGAGAGUUUGUAACAAGUGUCGUGUUUUAGCAACUGACAGCAGUUGGAAGUGCACAGUGUGUGAUAAAAUUGCGCAACUUAGGGUAGUAACAGGUGAAUGGUUCUUUGAAGAGAGAGCAAAACGCUUCAAGCAGUCCAAGCUCCUUGGAACUGAUAUUGUUCGGCAGUCUAUUCUUCGCAAAGCUCCAGAUUCUUCCUCUGAACUCUUAGAAGGCAGAUCCAAAGAUCAUUCUCCAAAAACCUUAGAGGAUACAUCAAAGCAAGAUAUGUUAGCUUCACUUACAAGUGGGACAAAAUUAGUUCUCACUGGGCCUAGGAAAAUAGGAAAGGUUCUUAAGGCAGUCACUAAAGAAGUUGUAAAUAUGAAAGCAGAAGAUGGUAAAAGCAUUAGCACAGACUCUGAUGUCCAAAGUGACCACAUUGCCAAUUGGUAAGAUAAAAUAGUAAUAUUAAUGUUUCAUUUGCUAUUUAGAACUAAUACAA